GAGCAUAAAACGGCUAAAUGUCAAUGAAAUAGGGCUUGAGCAUUCAGUGGGGAACAUUUUUUCAUGCCUCUGCCGUUUGGUUGUCGUUGCCGUGAUAACAAAUUUUCAUUCAACUAUUUUAAGUUAACAUUCCGUAGUAACUGGUGAAAAUUAGUGCCACUAACAGAAUAAGUACUCGAUGUUUGUGUUUCCCUUGUAAAUCCUUAGCUUUCUAGUGUUUUAGCGGCGGAAAUUUACUUUGAAAAUGUCAACAAAAGCCAGCGAAGAGGAGUCCCACCAUGACGAAAGUGACAUUACGGAUGAGUUUAUCGAUGAUGACGGUGACCGGUACUUUCCCGGGAAAACGGUCACGUUGCAGAUGUUAUUAGGAGCUAAUGUUCUUCAACCGGGAAAAGCUGCUAUGAGCAUAGAGUAUUUGGGGCAAAAGUUUAUUGGAGACUUAUUACCGGAUGGAAAAAUAAAAUCACACGAAACCGAAACAAUCUUCUGUUCGCCCAGUGCUUGGGCUAUCUACUGUAAACGUAUCAUAAAUCCGGACAAAAAAUCUGGUUGUGGAUGGGCAUCGGUGAAGUAUAAAGGUCGGAAAUUGGAUGCCUACAAGGCGGCAUACCAUCGGAAACAGUUGCUCAAGGAGAAAGAUCACAAAGAUGAAACGAUCACGAAUGAAGACAUUGUAGAGGAAAUUGAGGAAGACAAAACAGCAAUGGAGCCACCGCCUGUGCGAAGAAAUGUGAUGCAGCAUAAUACGGUUAGCAAUCGCAACAUUUUGCAUGAUGCAAAUACAUUGAUUGAAUCGAUUCCAUUUACGUCAAUUGGUAAAAUGCAACCAUUUUUGGUGACGGUUACUACCUCUACCAUCCUGUUGAUGGAUUUCCACUGUCAUCUGACAAACAACGAAGUUUGCGGAUAUCUUGGUGGAACAUGGGACAUCAAUGCACACAAUCUUUCAAUCACGCAUGCAUUUCCGUGCCGAAAUUCGCGCUUCGAUCGAGAUAAGGCAGCGAUGUGCGAGCUGCAGAUACAAAAACUUAUGGUCAAGAAAAGUCUCCACUUAGUAGGUUGGUAUCAUUCGCAUCCGCGCUUUCCGGUACAGCCUACGCUAAGAGAUUGUGAUGCCCAGCUGGAAUAUCAAAUUAAAAUGCGAGGUCCCACUGAAGCGUCUUACACUCCAUGCGUUGGAUUUAUUUGCUCCCCUUACAACGAUGAUGACAUGUCGACAGAAUCCAGCAUUAUGUCCUUUUGGGUACUGCCUCCACCAGAGAAUCGUCCGGCCGAGUAUGGUCGCCCCAUGCUGAUGUCCUACUCGUUGGUCCCCGAUGAAACUCUUUCCGAAGAAAUCAAGGAGGAAAUGAUGCUCACCGUCGAUUACUACAAGCAAUUCAAACGGGAACUGAUCAACUUCCAAUCGGUUUAUAAAAAUGAUAUUACCUAUAUUGAAAAACUGAAAAAAACUUUGCAAUCUAAGUUUCCUCUGGACUCAACCAAUGGACAUUUUUGGAACUGGAUCCGUGAACUGUUGGGAUUGGACCACGAAGAAAUAGUGAUCAUACCGGAACCUCCUCCUCCUCCUCCUUCGUCGGCACCAAUCAGCAUCCCUAAACUACCGGAACCACUAUCGGCACAGACUGUUGUGAAUUUAACACAGACCGAAGACGGCGGUAUUUCUUCGGAGGGAAAACAUGAGGACGAUUUUGAAAGGAUUUCAGAAAUGGGUGAUUCUGAUGUCAUUUCACUAAAGGAUGAUGAUGUAAAAAUACCCUCACUUGCCGUUCCUAGCCUACAAGCUCAAUUAAAACGCCCAUCCGGUUUGAACAUGACACCUUCGCCCCUUUCCAGCUCACUCGUUGUGCUGCCACCGAAUCUCAACCAGAAUAGCAGUAAUAAUAAUAAUAACAGUACUUCAGGCAAUGCCAACAGCAUUAACAAUCACGGUGGAUCGAUAACUACGAACACGUCUCCUAGAGACAGCCCCAUCACGAUUCCGUCGAACUCAGCAAGUCCCGCAAAAUUCGAGAUUCCAGUUCGUGCAAGUCCUUCUCCUGCCAAAUCCGAUACGUCGUCCUGUCGUAGCCGUACAAGAAAUUCACCAGCUCCCAGUCCAGGUAAAUUAUCGAUUGGUGAUAUUCUUGGGACGGGCAAUCGAAACAGUCCUACCUUGAGCUCGUUGAUUGGCAACAUGGGUGGCAACGUUUCCAACAUUCAUGAUCUUUAUGCCGCGACGUUCGCUUCAUUAGGCAGUUCCAUUCCGCCGAAUCUUCUAUCGCAGGAUUAUGCCUCUCUGUUCCAGAAUACCAAACGGGACGAAUAUGGAUUAUCGGCUCUUAAUGCCCUCGCACAAGUGGCGGCUGCUUCCGGAAUCUCCAACUCGCAGAUAAACGAAACUCUUCUGCAUAGUCUCAACAGAAGUAUGACUUCGAAGUCCGGUCAAACGUCAACCGUAACCACUGGGUCGGCUACAAUGACCUCCACCACAGCCCCAUCGUCUGCGGCAGUAGCUACCAAUUCUUCCGGAUUGCCUGCCAUUCCCAACAUGAAAGAAUUCAUGCAACAGCUUGAAAAGGGCAAUCUAAGCUUAUUGAUGCAGUCCCAGUAUGCCAACCCGUUGGCAGGAAUGUCUGGACUAACUGGACAACCGUCCACCGGUCCAGGCUCGUUAGUUGCAGGAGGAACGGGCGGUUCCGGUGGAAAAUCCAGUCGUUCCUCAAGCAAGUCUCGAACGAAAUCUCAACAACAACAGCAGCAACAUCAGCAAUCAGUUCAACAGCAACUCCAACAAGCUCAACAAAAUCUGCUGCAGCAACAGCAACAACAACAGCAUCAUUCCCUAAUGGACUACGCGGAUUUCAUGAGUAAAUCGGAUCAGAACAAACUGGCAGACUUAAUGAAAUCACCCGAAUACUCACAAAUGUUGCUCCAGCAGGCUCAAGCUCUGGGCAGUCUAGGGAGCGAAAUAUCGAUCAUAAAAAAACCUUCCUCCAAAGGAAGCUCGAGUGGGGCCACCAACAACAGCAACACCAACAACAGCAACAGCAACGUCGGUAGCAGCAAUAAGAAGGAUUCUGCCAGUGAUUUAAUUUCCAAAUUAAGAACAAUUUUCUCCACCGAUUCAUAUUUACCGCCUAUGCCAACGGCUGCGGAUAUUAAUUUGCUGGCCGAUCAGUCCCAGAAAGUUCCGGAGAUUCAACAGAUUUUAAAUUCGGGUAACUUGGACGACAUACAGGUAUUAUUGAAAGCGCAAUCAUUGUCCAACAACACGUUGGAUUUUGCCACGUUCCUUCAAGGAACUUCUGGCGUUGGUUCUAACAUUGGUGCAGGCGAAGGAAGCAGUAAAGCUAGCCGGAAUGCUGCUGCUAAAGAGGAAAGAGGUCGUGAGAAGGAAAGAGAACGGGAAAGGGAACGGGAACGGGAACGCGAACGUGAGCGAGAAAGAGAAAGAGAUAAUGCAAAUGCAGCGGCAGCCGCUGCAGCCGCCAUGAAUCCCUAUCUUUCCGCCAGCAAUCUGUCGGCACUUUUCGAACCUGUUCAGAGAUCAUCCUCCAAUAAAUCUAACAAAGCCGAUAAAAACAAAAACACAGCCGAUCGUAGUACAACAAAUGCAUCGUCGAAUCCAGCCGAAAUGUUGAAUAGCUUGUUCACCUCAGCCGUUGGUGGAACCAGUGCGGCUGACAUGAACGCGCUGCUCUAUGGACAAGGGAAAAUGGCUUCCGAUUUGAGUAUGCUUUUUGGAGGUGUGAGUUCAGCUUCAACAUCAUCGGCAAAUUCCAGCACAACGUCAACCGCAGCUGCGGCGGCAGCAGCAAAACAAAGUUUGGACUAUCUUUCAAUGUUUCCGAAUUUUUCAUCGGUCAAAUUGCCGGAAAUGUCCGCUCUUUUCCAGUCUGAUAAAUUUGAAAUUCCGGAUCCACUAGCUAAAGCUACACUCGAAGCAAACAAUAUGUAUCUGGCGCCUUCGGCUUCACUACUGAAACUCCAGCAGGACGCAUUCAACUCAAUGAUGAUGAAACCGCCGAAAUCGUCCUCUUCAUCUACGUCAUCAUCGAGCAAAAUUGAAACUCCGCCCCCGAUCGCAGCUUCGCCCGGUGCACGAUCCACACCAACCAAGUCCGCUAGCCGCGACAGUCCCUCUCUGGGACCAAAAUACAACUUUAGCGCAGUAGAUCUUGCCGUAUCCAGUGUUCCUCUGGCUGCUUCCUCGCCACUGGGUGCAGCGGACUUGUCCCGGAAAGCACCCCAAACACCACCGGUUGAUAUGUCAGCUUUACAAGCGAAUCAGCACACUCCGCCGACACCGUCCGCAACGUCACAAAUUUUGCCUCCGUACAAGAAGCGCAUGGAAUUCUCUUCGAUUGCCGAUCUGGUCGCGGCUCCACCCAGUAAAAUGCCGAAAAUGUCAUCCGACAGUUUGGACCCCUAGACGACUCGAUUCGACGGUUAAAUAUCGAAAGGAUAUUUUUUAACAGAAUAAAUUGUCAGAAUUAAAUUAUUUUUUUUAUCGUUUGAACCUUUGUGAAACGGCUCGCUAAAUGUAGCAAUGGUAAGAAGAAACACUGAAACCACCAUCAUCAGUUAGCAUUUUUAUAUUCCAUUUUCACGGAAAUUUAACAAAACAAAAAAUGGAAGGUGGAUCCACAAUUUUCGUAGCUGAUAAAUAGUACUAAUCAGCAGCAAAACAAAUGCAAUUCAGUUUAACUUUAACCAUUCAUUAUCUAUCCAUAGCGACUACAAUAAAAGUAUUAGAAAUAAACAGA